AUGGAAUUCUCAGAGGAUAUAGAGGCAACCAGUCACACAGGUACUAACGCCAAGCUCUCACCCAUAUCCGAAAUACUCAGUACGUCCGUUCAACCCACACACCUCAAGACGACCUCAGACUCGAGUGGUACAUCGCGCGUCGACGAUGCAUUCGAGCGUUACGAAACGCUUAAGAAACUGCAUGGUGGACGAUCGUUAGCCGCUAACCGUUUGUCAGCUUCUUCGCUCGCAUUUUCAUCACCUCCCCGCUCACCUGCGGUGUCUCCGUCGCCUUCGCUGCGAGAUCGAGAACAAGAACGAGGUGGAGAGAGUCGUGCGUCUUACUUGCUGAGUUUCCUUGGGCGUCACACGCGUUCUACUACGCCGGACAUCGAUCGCGAGCGCAAGAUUCCAAUUAUAUCUGGUCCCGCUCACAUCUCGACAUCUAAUACAGUAGCUGUCCCUGGAGAACCACAUAACUCGACGACACGCGAUAACAGCCCAGCAUUUGGGACGUCAUGGGCAAGCCUCGUCGACCGGACAGCACUCGAAGGAAUACCAGCGGUGGAAAGGAAACGACAGGAGACAAUAUUCGAACUUAUCUCGACGGAAGCGGACUACGUGAGAGAUCUCCGACUUAUCGUGGAGCUCUUCUAUUCGCGUCUGGUGGAUAUCCUUGGAGAGGAUUCAACGUCGGUCAUAUUUUCCAACAUCGGAGAUAUCCUUCUUACGAACACAGCAUUCCUAUCUACUCUGGAGGAGCGACAGCGUGAAUGCCGACUCUGCGUAGACCAUGUAGGAGACUUUUUAGAAACCCGUAUGCCUUGCAUGCGAGUGUAUCUGGACUACUGUGUCAACCAAGCCAAUGCUGGGAAAGUGUUGCGAUCGCUUAGGGAUACCAACCCAGAAUUGUCUGCUCAGCUACAGAGCCUCCGGGAUGACCCCUUGGCCAGGAAUCUCGACUUGUCCAGUUACCUUCUAGUACCCAAUGCGUCCAAUCACCUUCUCGUAAGAACACGAUACAUUGACGAUGACUUGUUUGCAGUGCGGCGCCUGACUCGAUAUCUUCUUCUCAUCCGACAAAUUCUGCAAUACACUGACCCACCUGUGCCAUCACUCGAUCUAUCUUCGGCACCAUGCCUUCCUACGGAGUGCGCGGAAUGCGAGUCGAUAGCGAAUGCUCUGGAGUGGCGGAGCAACCAUGAGAAGAGGUGA